GUGCUCCGAUGUAUUCCGGUUAGCUUGAAGCUGAACCGUUUCCUGCUCCAGUCGGACCCGUUUCAGUAGAAACCAGUACGGAACCAGUGCUCCCACCAAAUCCAGUGAGCCCAGCAGAGUGUCGGCGGGUCGUGGAGAGGCUGAGGAGGCCGGAGGGUCCGUUAUAUUACCGGUAGCACCGGGACAAACGGCGGGAAAAUGGCGAAGACGUACGACUAUCUGUUCAAACUGCUGCUGAUCGGUGACAGCGGCGUCGGUAAAACCUGCCUCCUGUUCCGGUUCAGUGAAGACGCCUUCAACACCACCUUCAUCUCCACCAUCGGAAUCGACUUUAAAAUCAGGACGAUAGAGCUGGAUGGCAAGAAGAUCAAACUGCAGAUCUGGGACACGGCGGGGCAGGAGAGGUUCAGGACCAUUACGACAGCCUAUUACAGAGGAGCCAUGGGCAUCAUGCUGGUGUAUGACAUCACCAACGAGAAGUCCUUCGACAACAUCAGGAACUGGAUAAGAAACAUCGAGGAGCAUGCAUCCUCAGACGUGGAGAGGAUGGUCCUGGGAAACAAAUGUGACAUGAACGACAAGAGACAAGUGUCCAAGGAGAGAGGAGAGAAGUUGGCGAUCGACUAUGGGAUUAAGUUUUUGGAAACCAGUGCAAAGUCCAGCAUCAAUGUGGAGGAGGCCUUUUUCACACUGGCCAGAGACAUCAUGACCAGACUCAACAGAAAAAUGAACGACAACAACCCGUCAGGUGGAGGAGGUCCAGUUAAAAUCACAGAGUCUCGCUCUAAGAAGAGCUUCUUCAGGUGUACGCUGCUGUAGGCGGAGCCUCCUCUCAGACUCCUCCCCCUCCCCCUGAUGAUGGAGGAACAACAGACCUGUGGAAACAUGAAGAACCAAACAUGUUGAUUUCAUCUGCUCUUACUCUGCUCUGAUCUGCCUCUUCACCUCCUGCACGCCACUGCCUCCUCUUAUCUUCCUCCUCCUCCUCUUUCUCCCCCACCUACUCUUCUUCCUCCUCCUCCUCUUAUCUUCCUCCACUUCCUCCUCCUCUUCCUCCAUCUCUUCCUCCUUCACCUCCAUCUCCUCUUCUUCCUCCUCCUCAGCUUCACAGGUGAAGGAGACUGAGAGUCUUAAAAGAAAAUGUUUUAAAGAAAGAAAAUGAAAGUGAUGAUGAUGAAGACUGAAUGUCAGAGAUGAAGAGCAGAGCCUCAGUUAUCAUAUUUUAUAUUUUUUAACUUUCUCAUGUUUAAAUGUUUUUUUCCAAAGAUCGAAGCCUUAAAGGAGCAAACGAAGUAGCAUCAGACACAUCCUGACGACUGUUACAGUCUCUGAUCAUUAAUCAAUAGUUAAUGAAGUGAUAAAUUAAAAAAAAAAAAAAAAAAAAAAUAUAUAUAUAUAUAUAUAUAUAUAUAGAUUCAUUUAAAUUCAAAGAUUUCUAAUACCUUUUAAUUAUGCUGAUAAGAACGAAUUAAAGAAUAAAAAACUUAAUUUGAAAAUGAAAAUUCAAAAUUAUUAUUUAUAAAAGAUUUUGUUCAAAAGCUUUUAAAGGAGUUCAUGAGGUUUCUGUGGUGAAAUGUUGACGUGUCUUUAAAGCGUCCACAGAAUGAAACUGUUCCAACAAACACAUCUGAGAAAAAAGAAAAACAAACUGUGAAUCCUGCAAAACACAAAGAUAAAAAUCAAUAAACCAAAUGUUCAAUAAAUCAAUUUUAAAUGGAUUCAAACAAUAUUUGUUUUAAACGUCUUAGAUGUUAUUUACAGUCACUGGUUCAUUUCCAUCUCCUGUUUUAUUUUUUAUCACUUUACUUUUAGUUCAGUGACAGUUUCAUUUCCUUUCUUUUAAAAAGUUUAAUGGAAAAUUAAAUAUUCAUUGAUAAAAAUGUUUCCAUAGUUAAAAUAUUAUAAUAAAUAUUAUUAUUUUAACAAAGAAUUUUCUCCUUUGGUACAAACAAGUAUCAGAGCUGAGAAUAAAACAUAUUAACUCAUAUCUAUGACACAGGCCCAAAGAAUUAAAUAUUUAACAAUUAUUAUUUAAACAUAUCUGUUGAUCAUUCUUUAGUAAAGUCAUUAAAGUUGGUGCUGCGUCAUCAUUAACAAGAGAAGAAGAAAGUAACUGUAGAAACCUGAUGUGGUUGUUUCAGCUGCUUCAGUUUGAAAUCAGCUGUUUGUUCCUGUUUUUACUGCCGACUCACUUUCUUUAAGCUUUUCUAUAUUUUUAUAUUUUCUUUAAAACCACUCAAAGCUUUUUAUGUUGAUUUUAUUUUUUUAACAUUUCAGAGGAAUUUUAUCUGUUUGUUUGUUUUUGUAUCAACCUGAAAUAUUUCAAUUCACUUCAUUUACAGCUGUUCACAGAUCCCCUGUUUAAUUAGUCUCAUUAAUUAAAGCUCCAAUAUCGUAAACUGAUCAAUAAGUAAACAACCGUUUCAUCUGUGAACAGCUGCACGUGAAGAGAACAGAUGUUUUAACAUGUGUUGAACUGUGUGUUGUGUUUACAGACUCAGCAGUAUUACAUUAUAUUAUUCUAUUAUUAUUAUUGUAUUAAUCUCAAGCUGAUGAAGGUGCUUUAACAAGCAAACAAUCUGAAACGUCACAAAUCAAUCAAUACUGAUCAAUACUGACAGGGAAAAUAAUUGAUCUGCCAGUUAAUAUCUAUGUCUUUAAUUACUAAUUGACCAAUAAUUUAGUUUCUAAUGUUUGAAUCCAAUAUUCACCUCCGGACUGAUGAAUCAAUAUGAAUCAAUCGAUCGAGGACACAGCUGCUUUUAUCACAAAGUAUUGAUCAGAACAUUAAUUUGUUAUUUGAGAGAAAGAAUGAAUGUAAAUCAGCUUAAAUCAAAUAAUCAGCUGAUUGAUAUCAGAAGAAAUAAUCAAUCAAAACCAACUUCACUUCUUCUGUUUCAUUGUUGAAGUUUGUUGUUUUUUAUUUUCAGCACUUUGUAACUUUGCUAAAACAGUGCUAUGCAAAAUAUAUUAUAAUAAUGUUGUUGUUGUUUUGAGGUUUUGUUACGGAGUCACAUGACUGAAGUUUACUUUAGUUUUUUCACAUUAAAAUCAGAUUUCAGACUUUUUCACUUCAGGUCUGAUGUUUUUUUUUUACACAUGUACAUUUUAUAUUUGGACUUUGUUCUUUGAUGCAAAAUAAAGAGAGAGUCAAGAUUACUGAUCUGCUGAUAAACUGAUGAUUGAUUAGAGGAGGGAGCUGAGUGAAAACAGAUGAAGGUCUGAAGACGAGCUGGAUGUUUCAAACCUUCAGACUUUUUCCGCUCUGAAGAAAAUUCAACUGAUUUUUAGGAGAAAAAUUCACGUGUGUAAAAACUCAUUUGGACUUUUGGAGUGAAAAGGUUAUCAGACUCUUAUUGUGAAAGGUCUCUGAUCAUAAGAUGGCUGCAGUGACCUCUGACCUUUGACCUCUCCACCUUCAGGUUGGUCUUCCACUUCCUGCUCUGGGAAGUCUGGAGCGUCACAGCUGAUUGUACAAUAAAAUACUUUUUCUAUCAA